CUUAGGGAAUAGGAUUCCAUUUAGGAUGUAUGGUAGUGCACAACUUAGGGAAUAGGAUUCCAUUUAGGAUGUAUAGUAGUGCACUACUUAGGGAAUAGUAUUCCAUUUAGGAUGUAGCAUAUUUCACUGGUUUCCCAGAGAGUUCUGUUCCUGAAGUGUCCCCAGAGGUAGAUCCUCAUUCUUCCCUGACAUCAUCUAACUGCUGGCAGCAUAACUGGCUCCUCUCUCCUGCCAAGCACCAGUUCUCCCUCAUGCAGUGGCCUCAUGAAAUAUCUCUCCUCUCUUUGCACUGCAAUGCAACAACACCGCCCCCUUUUGUGAUGUCACUGCUGACUCCACCAGUAGGGGCGUGUCCUGACACCAGAUCUUCCAUCCAGCUUAGACUAGGCUGCUGCUCUUGGGGGAGGAAAGCUUUGACACUGCAGCGUACAGAGAUAAUAAUGGGGAAUGCACAGGAUAAGCCCUCUGGAUCCGGGGGGGCUAAAACGGACCAGGCCACCCCAGGAUUCAGGAGGAGAAGCAGAGCCGGGAGUACGGAGAAGCCCAAGGCAGCGAAGUGUCCCCCAGAGAAAGGGUCGAUGGCCAACGGAGCCACACAGGGGGACAGGAACCAGAGUAAGGACAUCCCACCAGACACCAGCUAUCUGGACGCCCCCGCUGGAGCUCUGCCGCCCCACCUGGGCCGGCUCAAGAACGAGGGUAACCACCUCUUCAAAAAAGGACAGUUUGCAGAUGCUGUGGAGAAAUACUCUGCAGCCAUCGAUGGCUGCUGUGACGCAGGUAUAGAGAGUGGAGAGGACCUGUGUAUUCUCUACUCUAACAGAGCUGCUUGCUACCUGAAGGAUGGGAGCAACACAGAGUGUAUCCAGGACUGCACCAGGGCAUUGGAUCUUCAGCCCUUCUCCCUGAAGCCCCUCCUCCGCAGGGCCACGGCCUAUGAGUCAAUGGAACGUUACCGACAGGCCUACGUGGAUUUUAAGACUGUUCUGCAGAUAGACAUCGGGGUGCAGGCGGCACAUGACAGUGUCCACAGGAUCACCAAGCAGCUUAUUGAGCAGGACGGCCCUGACUGGAGACAGAAGCUUCCGGAGAUCCCUCUAGUCCCACUGUCAGCUCAGCAGCACCACAAGCAGAAAGACCCCAGCGCUGAGCUGGUCCAGGCUAGAGAAGCCAAAAAAGCAGAGGCUCGCUUUGCCUCUCUCAAAACAGAAGGAAAUGAGCAUGUGAGGAAAAGCCAGUUCCAUGACGGUCUAGAAAAGUACAGUGAAUGCCUUAAGAUCAAACCUGACGAGUGUUCCUGCUUUACCAACAGAGCCAUCUGUUAUCUGAGACUGGGUUGUUUUGAAGAGGCCAGACAGGACUGUGACUCCGCCCUCAAGCUGGAACCAACCAAUAAGAAGGCCUUCUAUAGACGGGCGCUGGCAUUUAAAGGUUUACAGGACUACCUGUCUUCCAGCAGUGACCUCCAGGAGGUGUUACAGCUGGACCCCAACGUCCAUGAGGCUGAACAGGAGCUGGAGACUGUGACAGGGCUGCUCAGACAGAGCCUCAUGGACGGAGCCCAACUCACACCCAGGGUAGAUACCCAGCACACACCCAGGGUUUGAUGGCACAGAUGAGACUGCCACAGGAGACUGUAUAGGAGGCUGAUGAAGAGAGAGACUGAUGGAGACCUGGGAAGGCUCAUCAUCCCUCACAGAGUUGACAUGAACUAAGGUGAACUAUGCUGGAUGUUGGGCUCUGUCUCCAUCUGCCUUCAAAGAGCAUCAUUAAAGCAUUGCGUCGACGACGGCAGAGCGUUGUUCAAUAAUUCACAGCAGGCAGCUGCAUCCUUCAUUUCCAUUCUGGAGACUCUAAAGAUACUUUAGAUGCAAUGCAGCUUCUUACAUUUACAUUUGUCAUUUAGCAGAUGCUCUUAUCCAGAGAGACUUACAGUAGUGAGUCAUUUAGCAGACUCUCUUAUCCAGAGAGACUUGCAGUUAGUGCAUUCUUUACCUCAGCAUGCUCAGACCCCCUACAGCAACACACUGUAGAGAAAGGGUGCGUCACAAAUGAUGCCCUACUCUCUAUAAAGUGCACUAUGUUUGACCAGGGCUCAUAGGUCUAUAAUCAAAUGUAGUGCACUAUAUAGGGGAUAGGGGUGUCAUUUGGGACUCAGACCCAAAUCUUAAAAGCUAGGAGUGACUAGUUUUGCAGAAGUAUUUGAUUUCUUCCCACUAACAGCAGAUUAUGCAGACCGGCGGUAUUACAGAUUGGAGAAGCGAUCGACAGAAGCUCUAGAAGCACACUGGAACACAAUGUGGGAGAGAUGUGGUGUGCCUUAUUGAGAUUCAAGUUGAACCAUAUAUUUGGGAAGUGUAAUCUGAACCUCAGAGAAAUAACAUCCUGGUAUAUAUGUAAUAAACUGCUGCUUUGAUACACUGCAGAGUAUUUUACAUGAGGAAACCAAAAAAUAUGUUGCCACUGUAUUGACAGUCAUGCAUGUACCUUUUCAACCUUUAAAGGGCACUGUUGGCUAAUUAAUGCAUAAUGAAAGAUGGACAACUGUGUAUAUCAUGUACUGUAUGCUUUUAAUCUCAGGUUCAGUCUUGAACAUGACCAUGAUUGUAUGGUAAAUGUUAGCUCUGGUCCAUGGCGUUAGAGGAAUUGUAACGGCCUGGACAAGAGAUAGGUAAAUGUGUAUAGUAGUCAAACACUGAUCUGCUAGUUUUCAGAUGUUGCUCUACUGCUUUAUAAAAUCCCCAAACCCCCUUCAGAUAGUUAUUUGUUGAGUUAGAGAUCAACCCCCUUCAGAUAGUUAUCUGUUGAGUUAGAGAUCAACCCCCUUCAGAUAGUUAUCUGUUGAGUUAGAGAUCAACCCCCUUCAGAUAGUUAUCUGUUGAGUUAGAGAUCAACCCCCUUCAGAUAGUUAGUUAUCUGUUGAGUUAGAGAUCAACCCCCUUCAGAUAGUUAGUUAUCUGUUGAGUUAGAGAUCAACCCCCUUCAGAUAGUUAUCUGUUGCGUUAGAGAUCAACCCCCUUCAAAUAGUUAUCUGUUGCGUUAGAGAUCAACCCCCUUCAGAUAGUUAUCUGUUGAGUUAGAGAUCAACCCCCUUCAGAUAGUUAUCUGUUGAGUUAGAGAUCAACCCCCUUCAGAUAGUUAUCUGUUGCGUUAGAGAUCAACCCCCUUCAGAUAGUUAUCUGUUGAGUUAGAGAUCAACCCCCUUCAGAUAGUUAUCUGUUGAGUUAGAGAUCAACCCCCUUCAGAUAGUUAUCUGUUGAGUUAGAGA